AUGACUGUAUAAAUUACAGUACAUUAACGUUAUAUCACAGCAACGUUGAUCCAGUGAUGGACAGAGUGAUGGACUUAAUAUUUUCCUGUGUACUUCAGUUCAGAUGGAGCUUGCAGAUACAAGCGAUCUUUGGAUAAGCAUCUUAGGAAAUGACUCCUUGCUGCAGCCUCUGUGGGACAGCAUGAGGCUCAACUACAGAGACUAUUUGAGAUCUCCACUCUUCCCCGUUGUUCUGAGUGUGUCCUCCUACUUUGUCUUCUGCCUUCCUUUUCUCAUGUGCGACAUCAUGGGAGAAAGGUGUGCAUGGGUCCAGCAAUUCAAGAUACAACCAAGCCAACGUCCUACAGCCUCUACACUGCUGCACUGUGCAAGUGUCUCCUUGUAUCACCAUGUGCUUCUUAUGCUCCCAGCAUCAGUGGCCCAAUGGGCAUGGAUGCCACCUGUGGACCUGCCGGAUCAGGCUCCGUCCCUGCUGGAGCUUAUUGCUGGGGUGAUAGGCAACCUCCUGAUCUUUGACUUCCAGUACUUCAUCUGGCACAUACUCCAUCACAGAAUCCGCUGGCUGUAUGUCACUUUCCAUGCCAUCCAUCAUAAUUACUCAUCCCCUUCUGCUUUAGUCACACAGUAUCUUAGCAGCUGGGAGCUGAUCACAAUAGGCUUUUGGACCACCAUAGAUCCUAUCAUCCUGAGAUGUCACCUACUCACCACAUGGGUCUUCAUGGUGUCAACCGUCUACCUUUCUAUUGAGGAUCACUGUGGCUAUGAUUUCCCCUGGUCCACAUCACGCCUGAUACCUUUUGGCAUCUAUGGCGGACCCAGUAAACACGAUGUGCACCAUCAGAAACCCCACACCAAUUUCGCACCAUUCUUCAGCCACUGGGAUAAAAUAUUUGGCACGCAUGCUGAUUUCAGCUUCUCUACUGCUAUGAAGUAGAAAUCCAUGACAUUGUUGCUAAGGCUAUAGAAAGAGAACUGCUUUUAUUCAUCUGUGUUUGUUUUUUCCAACUCAUUUGAAUGUUAAAUUGUGAAGGGGUUCAAUUUAAAGACAAAUACAUUUUCCUUUGCUUAGAAGCACAUCAUUGUGUUGUAUUUGAAGAAACCCCACUGUUAGAAAUAAAAGGUGUUUCCCUGUAGCUUUGAUUAUAAUGACUAAAUCUGUUAAUCAUAUCUUAAAAGAUUCUGUCAUUUGAACACAUGCACAAUAUAAAUCAUGCUUAAAUGCAUCUGUCUCCAAGUGUGUCUGGUUACUUCGAAAAUGACCCUGAGCUUUAGACAUGGCUUACAUUACAUUCUUACUCUUAUAAAUAAUAUAUAAUUUGAGCCACUUUUCCACUCAUUACCAGCAUCUUGUUUCCUUCCUUCCAUUGUGCGGACAAAAAUAUUUGACUACAUUUUCAUUUAAAAUCUCCAUAGUACAGAGGUACCAUUGGUAAUGCAUUUUUAUCAAAUUAUUAGUUAAUAGUUAGUUAAAUCACAACAUCAAAUCACAACAUUUCAAGCGCUCUUACUGAUCAUAUACCCUCAUUCCACAUUAUUCCUAUAAAUGUAUGUGUUUUUUGUAUAAAAAUUAAAAUGCAACAAUCAAAUUUGCAUUUAACUCCCAAAUACCUGUAUGGGCAUAUGGGGUUAGUAGAUACAUUUUUUCUGUUUGAAUUCAUUUUAAUAAAAAUAAAUAAGAAAAUUACCUUAUUUCUGCAUUUAUGGUGUCACCAGCAAGCCUCUUGUAUUUUUGAUGUCAUGUAUGCUGACCAGUGAUCCCAGAGCAGUGGUGGAAAGUAAUUAAGUACCUUUACUCAAGUUGUAUUGGGGUACAAUUUUAAGGUACUUGUACUUCACUUGAGUAUUUCCACAUCCACAUGCCUGUACUGAAUUGGGUAAAAUGGAUUUUGUACACUUUUGUGCACCUUUUGCAUGGAAUUAGUUACAGAAUGACUGGAAACUAACAGAGUCAAUAUCAAUGACAACUUAUAAAUCUAAACUGGGGUUACUUCAGGACAACUCUAUAACAUGUGCAUGUUUUUCAUAAUCUGUUUGUAAUUGAAUUAUUU